AUUCAAAAGAAAAUAGUUUGACAGUUGAAAUAAGUAAUUGUCUAAAGUAAAUAGUAUUUGGUAGGUAACGAAGAAGAAUUACAAUAAGAUAAGACGUAGACGAUGUCUGCUAGGUUUAUUGUGAGUGGUCUUGUAGAGCGGCCACUUUCUAUUGCGGGAUGAGGCUAUUGACUGGGCCGUGAAGAUUUCAUUUUUUUAAUUGCAAGCCCACUUCGUGAUGACCUGGCAUAUUGAUUGGUCCUGAUUAUUUGUGCACAUGUGGAUAGGCUUAGGAAGCUAUGAUUUAGCUCCUUUUAUAUAGUAGGAUUCACAAACGAAAUUGCGAGGAAGAUCAUUACAUGAAAAUGAUUUUUUCUUUCACAUGGCCCAUUAAAUUUUUUUUAAAAAAAAAAUUUUAACGGCAAUUACUGCGAAAUUCAGAUUUAUAUGAUCCACCAUUUUUCAAAAACCACCAAGAAUCAACAUCAAAUAAUCUAUGCUUGGGCCUAGCUUGAAAUAAUCGGCCCAGUAGUUUUCCUAAUCAAAAUAAAACUGUAUAGGCCCAUGUACGUGACGUAACAUAAACAUUUGGACAUUAACUGGGUCCACAUAAGACGGAAGUCAGACCAAUCUAGAAUCUCUUGCAGGACACUGAACUGAAAGAUACGAUCUUCCCUUCUUUUGUUCUAAUGUUAAAAAAAUAUCAACCGACGUCGAAUGCUUCGCGUAGCAGAUAACGCCAAGGGUCAAUUCCGUAAAUCCCGACAACAGACUUUCCGACAAGCAGCUUCUUUAAUCUCUCUCUCUCUCUCUGUUGCAAGAUAGUUUGCAUUCUCACUCUUUGUCUGAACAAAACACAACUUUAAUGUUAGAUCUGUCUUUUACGUCGCUACGAAGUCUUCUUUCCUUCCUCCACAUACCUUACCACAACCCCAAUAAAGCCCUAAACAACACUCCUUCUUCCUUCUUCUCCCACUCGAGAUCUCAAAAUCAAAUGGCGUCUCCGAGUUCAUACACCAAGCAUCCUUCUCCUCCGCGAAGCACCACCGCCGCCGCUACGCCGCCGUCUGCCUCCCCAACCGGUGGAGGAUUCUUCUCUAAGCCUAUCCUACUCGGUAUGUUCCUCCUCGCCUUGCCAUUGUUCCCUUCUCAGGCUCCCGACUUCGUCGGAGAGACGGUUCUCACCAAGCUCUGGGAGCUGAUUCACCUCCUCUUCGUCGGCAUUGCCGUCGCUUACGGUUUGUUCAGCCGUAGGAACGUCGGAGAAUCAAACGUUGAGUCGAGGAUGAGUUGUGUAGAUGAGUCUUCCUUGUCUUACGUGUCUGGAAUCCUCCAGGCUUCCUCUGUUUUCGACGAGGAGGAGGAAGAGGAGACGAAUAAGUCUGAGUACGGUGAGAUCAAUCAAGUGCAAGCCUGGAACUCGCGGUAUUUGCAAGGGAGGUCUAAGGUUGUUGUGGUUGCGAGACCAGCUUAUGGUCUUGAUGGUCACGUUGUGCACCAGUCGCUAGGCUUGCCGGUUAGGAGUUUAAGGUCGGCUCUUGAGGAGGAGAAGGAGAAAGCUGAGGAGGAGUCAUUGGCUGAUAAUGAUGAUGAGGUCGUGGCUGAGAUGAUGGCAAUGGGAGACGAUGAAACCCAGUUUACGACCCGGUCUAGUGUUUCUUCUUCUUCAUCACGGACUAGCUUUGAGUCCAAUGAUCAGAAGAACAGAUUCUCGCCUUCUCGUUCUCUCUCUGGGGAGUCUUUAAACUCUAAUGUGGAGGAAAAGAGUCUUCAAGGGUCAUCACGGUGUAGUUCGCCAUCAUUGCCACCGUCUCCAUCGCCAGAGAUAGUGACCGAUGAGACUCACAGGCGUGUGUUACACUCUAGGCAUUAUAGUGAUGGUUCUUUGUUAGAGGAAGGUGUGAGGAGAGAGUUUGAAGAUGAACUAGAGGGACCAAGAUCUAAAUCACUUAAACUGCUGAGUGAUGAAAGUUCCUGGAAAGGGAAGAGCAAGUCUCGCAGAUCUUAUCCUCCUGAUCUAACCUUAUCACCACCCGUUGAUGGUGCUGAUCGUUCCACUACUAGAAGACGGUAUCUUCAGCAGAAGAGUGAUAGCCAUUUGUUUGAGAAAGGGUUAGAGUCUGACCAUAACAAGAUGAAUGUCAAGAAGGCACGGAGCCACGACUCUUUGGAGUUCAAACCAAGGAAUGAUAAAGCUUCAAGGCAUUCUUCACGAGGUGGCAGUGAUACUUUGGUGGUGAAAGACAACAAAAGAAACUCCGAGGAUGAUGAUGACUCUGAGGAUUAUGAUCUUCCUGGUGAGAACAAGGAAGUGAUACCAAACAGUCCAAGAUGUUGUGAACCACAAUCUUGGAGAGGUUCUAGUAAAGUUUCAUCAAUAGGAAAGUCAGUGAGGACCAUAAGAUCUGAUUCAUCUGAUGAUAGGGCAGAGAGACAUGGAAGAACAAAACCAAGAAGACAAUGGCAACAAGAACUAGCAAUAAUACUACACCAAGAGAAGCAUUCAGAAACUCUCACUACAUCAGAGCCAGAAGAUGAUGAUGAUGAUGAUGUUAUGGAAGAGAGUGAGGCAGAGCAACCUGAUGUUACCUUGGAGGAGGAAGAGGAAGAAGUUGCUGCUGUUUGGGAAAGCCAGAGCAAUGCAAGCAAUGAGCAUUAUGAAGUUGAUAGAAAAGCUGAUGAGUUCAUAGCAAAGUUCAGAGAACAGAUUAGGUUGCAGAAACUUCAUUCCGGUGAGCAACGUAGAGGAGGUGGCACUGGCCUUAUCAGAAACAGACACUUCAGAUGAUACUACACUACACUCACCAUUGCUUCAUUUUUACUUGUAUUAUUGUAAUAAUUUAUUUAUCUGCAUUUGUUGAUGAGAAUCUUGUUGAAUCAUCACUCUCUUUGUUUGAGGUUUAUACUGUUGAAUAAAUUUUUAUUUUUUUUA